AUGACAAGUAGGAAAUGUAGUAAUUCAACAAAACCUUCAGAUAUUAGAAGUCUUACCAACCCACCAACUCAUCCAACUUACAGGUAAACCACCCCACAAAAAACCAGCAGGUCUCCAACCCCACCUCCUACCAAGCCAAUUGCCCCUACAACACACAGGCCUCCAACCCCACCACCUACCAAACCACCUGCCCCUACAACCCUCAUAACUACAACCCCACCACCUACCAAGCGACCUGUCCCUACAACCCCACCACCUGCCAAGCCACCUGUCCCUACAAACCUACCACCUAUCAAGCCACAUUCCCUGACAACCCACAGGCCUUCAACCCCACCACCUGCCAAGCGACCUGUCCCUACAACCCCACCACCUGCCAAGCCACCUGUCCCUACAAUCCUACCACCUAUCAAGCCACCUGUCCAACCACCUGCCCUGCAUUCUAGUCCACGGCCUCCUCCACCGAUCAAGACCCAUCUGUACUUGGUUGUGUUCAUACCUGCCAUGUUCGUGUUCCCCUUGCUCUUCUGUUGCAUCUGGAGGCUAUGCCACAAGAAGACUGUCAAGGAGCCACCCCCGGUGCUCAAACCAGAAAAGGAGCCAUGUCCCAUGCAGAUAUGUCCCAGAGUGAUUGUCCCUUGUUGUGGGUGCCAAGUUCACCAAAUGAGAAUGAUAGAGGACAAACUGGGCUUCUUGUGUGACUUUGUUCAAAACUACAACCACGUGCCAUUGAUGUGUUGUCAGUGCUGGGACAAGGGCAGGUGCAUUGACGUCACUGUAGUGAACCCCCACUGCACACCAAUGUCCUAUGGCCCAAUGACCUGCCUUGGACCCAGCCAGGACUACUUCCCCCUCAACAGCUGCUGCUCAUGGUAUCAACACUCCCCUCAGAUAUGCUCCCAACUUCCCUCAAGAAUGUACCCCCUCAACAGCUUACGCUCAUGGUGCCAACAACACUCUCAGAUAUGUUCCCAGCUUCCCUCAAGGAUGCUGCCGCUGAUCCCUCCCACUGCCCGUGCACUCUGCAGAACUACCUUGUCACUCCCACCCCCAUAG